AUGAGGUUUUUGAAAGGAUUUGUACUUUCUUUGGCUUUUACUCUAUAUAAAGUAACUGCCACGGCAGAAAUAGGAUCUGAAAUUAAUGUGGAAAAUGAGAAACCACCCGAAGGUUUGUCCUGGGAAGAAUGGCAUAUGGACCAUGAGCAUCAACUGAAAGAUUAUACACCAGAGACUUUCUUUGCUUUGCACGAUGUUAAGAAGAAAGGGUUCUUAGAUGAAAACGAUAUUUUAUCUCUCUAUGGGUUGAACCGUGAAGAAAUUGUGGGCGCUGGUGAUGGUAUGGGACAACACGAUGAAUCUGAGAAAGUUGAUAAUGAAAUGGCUAAGCGGGUCGUUAACUUUAUUAUGAAGCUAUUGGAUGUUGAUGAUGAUACCAAAAUCACCAGGGAGGAAUAUCUAGAAUUUGCUAAGAGAGGAAACAAGUUUCCUGAUCUUGGUGUUGGCGUAGGUCAUCACUCCGAUUUUGAACUAGAAUACGAAAUUCAUCACUGGAAUAAGUUUCAUAAGGACAAAGAUCCUGACGUUAAAGUCGUUCAUAAAGAAGACAUAGAACAUGAACUGCUUCAUCAUGAACAUGAAAUCGAACAUGAAGAAGAAAUUCAAAGAGGUGCUUCUAGAGCUACCGUAAUAACCGAUGACGAACUAGAGUCUAGAAUAGAACUGAAAAACAUACCCGAGAAAUUCAAGAAUGGAAUUUUUUAA